CAAGAGCUUAGUUAUAAAAAUACACAAAUAUAAAUAAAUGAAAGUAAAUGUAAAMAUKUUUGMUUUGAGUUGUUGCUUAAAUUGUUUACUUCCUUUUGUUUGGUUAUAAUUACAGUUUUUAACAGAAGUAAAUUCGAUUCGGUUCAAAGUUAAAAUGGGAUCCUUCAUGUUCCUCAUUUUCAUACCAUGCAAAUUAAAAGAUAUAAAGAACCCCGGGACAUUUCAUGUUUAGUUUUACAAGAAACGUUUUUCUGAGAAAGAGAAGGAGAGAAAGGCGUUAAACCAAAGGAUCCGGUUUCUGGUUAACAAUUAAAGUAGAUCAUCGAUGCUUUAACAGGUCCGGGAGAUUAGAGACACUUUUCAUCUGAUGUGGAUCUUCUAUAAUUAAACCGAAAGAAAAUCUAACAGAGGAAACAAAAACCAGAAGAAGAAUCUGCUGCGCUGGAUCAUUUGCUAAACAAACCAGGUUGAACUAAAAUGCUGAAAACGUUUUUUAACCUGUUGGUGUGUCUCUGUGCCUUCAGCUUGGGAUGCUUUGCAGUGUUUCUGUUUUUCACCCAGGACAGAAAAUUAUUUUUMRUCUCAGCAUUAAACAGAGAAACUAAACCAGAGGAAUCUGCAGAACCGACAGUCCGACCAAAUCCRACAGGAACUUCAGGAAGGUCUCUGGUUUCGUGUCCCGACGUCCCUCCGAACCUCCGGGGAGUUCUGCAUGUGGAGUUCAGAACCAACCGGACCCUGCAGGACGUCCGGAACCACGUCGGCCCGCUCCUUCAGCAGGGAGGUCGGUACCGACCAACCAGCUGCAGGGCGAAGCAAAAGGUGGCUGUCAUCGUCCCGUUCAGAAACCGCUCUGAACACCUGAACCACUGGCUCUACUACCUCCAUCCGGUYCUGAUGCGUCAGCAGCUGGACUACGGUGUGUACGUCAUCAACCAGGACGGAGACGGAGUCUUCAACMRGGCCAAGYUGAUGAACAUCGGAUUCAAGGAAGCGCUGAAGGAAUAUGAUUACGACUGUUUUGUCUUUUCGGAUGUAGACCUGGUGCYUCUCGAUGAUAGGAACCUCUACAGRUGUUCUGAYCAUCCCAGACAUUUGUCCGUCGCUGUGGACAAGUUUGACUUCAUCCUGCCCUACGCCACCAUCUUCGGCGGAGUCUCAGCGUUGUCCAAACAGCAGUUCCUUAAAGUCAACGGCUUUUCAAACRCGUUCUGGGGCUGGGGGGGUGAAGACGACGACAUGUCGCAGCGGCUCUCUUACAGAGGGAUGGUCAUCUCCAGACCAGACUCUGUCACUGGAAGGUACAAGAUGAUAAAACAUAGGAGAGAUUCUCACAACGAUCCAAACCCAAACAGAGUUCAGAAACUGACAGAAACGUACCAUAAUAUGGACAAAGAUGGGAUUAAUUCUCUGAAUUAUUUAGUCAGGGGGAUUAGGAAGGACUUAUUGUACACUUUUGUUACAGUGGAUGUUCAGGCUCCAGCAGGCUGAUGUGAAUCCAGAUGUUUGUGUCUCAGGAUUCGAUCAAAGCAAAAGUCAACUUAAAACCAGGAGAACAAAUAAUUCAAUCUGGAAAGACUCAGACGGAGAAAAAGGAACAAUUAGAAGAUUUAAUGACAGGAAUGAGUAACAGUUCUUUGGCGCUCGGGCCCUGGCACAAGAUUUGAGCUGAAAUUUGAUCCCGAUAACUGAUUAGGGAUGCUCUCCCCCCAGGCCGGACACUGUUGGUGGUGGUGGUGGUGGUGGUAGGGAAAGGGUUCUAACCUGGAGAGCCGAAGGAUGUGGGUGGAGAAGGGGCGGUGGUGGGUUGAACGCAGCUGGGAACCCGCUGACGGCUUUGGUGUGGAUCCUUUUAUGCUGAGCUUGAUUGAUGAUUGGACGGGCCGGGUGAGGUCCAGUGCUGAGGUCAGAGAUGAAGAAGACGUUGAUGGGCGAACGGAGGGGGCGGAGUCUUCCAGCUUGAACUUUCGCUAUCAGCUACAUCUUUGUCCAACUGCUCAGUCCUGCAGUAAAAACAUUUUAUAACGUUCAACUCAGUCCAAACUGGAAACGAUGCACCAAGCAUGUGGCGACAGUGGACAGAACAACCUUCAUUAAACGGGUUGAAGCCUCCAGCAGAACCAGCUGGUGGGUCAGAAAGACGGAUCCACUUUAUGAACCUGGUUUUUAAUCUAAAUCAUUCAGAUUUUUAUAUCCUGUAAACAGUUAAGGGAAUAACUUUAUUAAAUAAACAAUGAGGGGUGAUAUUAUUGAAAUGAUUCAUAUUUAUAAAGUCUUAUAAAAUGAUUUUGGUUUAUUAUGUUUGGUAGUUUCUGUAGUUUCCACAUAAAGUGGAGAACAGAGGAAGUGAGCUGGGCUGUUGUAGCUUUAAAAAUAAAAUUAAUCCUAAACAAAACGCUGUUGGCCUCGUCCUGAACGUCACGACUCCGUCUGUUAGAGAGGCAGCGCUGAAUGAAGCUGCAGGCUGUCUGGGACGUUAUAAACUCAUUUAAAGACGUUAUUAUUAAUGUAGAGAAUAUCUUGUCUGCUAAAAAUGUGCAAAGAUAAUUAAAUUAAACAGAAUCUGGUCAGAAAACGUUAUAAUUAUAGCUGAAUUGGACUUAAAAUCCUAAUAUUUCUACAGUAAGAUGUGGAUAGAAACAUGUUCAGAGGAACAUGUGCAGAUCAGCUGUUUGCUGGAACAUGUGAACAAGGAUCAGGUCAUUUCACCUGGAAGUUUAGAACAAUGUGAGGAAUUUGAAUGAAUGUUCAUGUAGAGACUCUUCGCCGUCAGGCGGACUGAAGGUCCAGACGAGUCCGUCGGAGUAAAGGAGAAGCUGGUUGGACCCGGAGAAAUGUUGAGGUUCUGAUCUGACAACAAACUGAAAAUAACUGAACCUGAACCGUCUGUUCAUGUCACUGGAGCAACCCAGUGGAGUUGGUUCUGUUAAGCACUGAGC